GUGUGUGUGUGUGUGUGUAGUUCUCUCCUUGUCUAUCUCUCUCUAUGUUUCCAAGAAGGACAUCCAUAUAACCUUAUCUCCUCUAUCCUCUACCCUUAUCCCACAUACCACACUCCUCCUUAAUACCAAACAAACUCUUCUCCUCCUCUCUUGUCCUUCUUCUUUAUCUUCUUGUUUCAAACUCCCAUCAUCUUCUCACCAACUCUUCUUCUUCUUCUUCUUCUUCUUCUUCUUAUUCUUAAUAAAUAUUAAUAAUUGUUUUUUCCUUAUGUAAAUUAGUUACAUCUUCUCUCUUUCCUUUUAGUCUCUUCUCCUCAUUUGUGGCUCAAAGUGUGUGUGUUAAUUUCUAGCUCUUUGAUACAAAAAGAUGGCUCCCAAAGCUGGCAAAGCAAAGCCUCACAAGCCCAAGGGAGAGAAGAAGAAGAAAGAAGAGAAAGUUUUACCCACUGCUGUAGAUAUUACCGUUGAGACACCAGACUACACCCAACUCACACUCAAGGGAAUAUCAACGGAUAGGAUUCUUGACAUCCGGAAGCUGCUAACCGUCCACGUGGAUACUUGCCAUCUCACCAACUACUCCCUCUCUCAUGAGGUGCGCGGGCUGCGGCUAAAAGACAACGUGGAAAUCAUGGCGUUGAAGCCCUGCCACGUCACCAUCGUCGAUGAGGAGUACACGGAGGAGCUCGCAGUCGCCCAUGUCCGCCGCCUCCUUGACAUCGUUGCUUGCACCACCGCCUUCACCUCCAAGAAUGGCUCCUCGAGGCCCGGCUCCUCGCCUAAAGAUCCUGAUUGCCACGCUGGAGGGGCAGCGGAAUCGGCCCCUAAAGCUUCUAGCAAAUCUCCUCGAUCGCCGACCGCUGCCUCCUCCUGUGGCGCUACCGGCGGUGUUGGUGGGCAAAAGGAUGAGCCCAUGUAUCCACCUCCGAAGCUCGGCCAGUUCUAUGAUUUCUUCUCGUUUGCGCAUCUAUCUCCUCCGUUCCAAUAUAUAAGAAGGUCUUCGAAGCCAUUCGUGGAGGAUAAGAGGGAGGAUGAUUUAUUUCAGAUUGAUGUAAGGAUUUGUAAUGGGAAGCCGGUAACAAUUGUGGCUUCUCGACAAGGAUUCUAUCCUGCUGGAAAACGUUCUCUUCUUAGCCACUCUCUGGUUGGCUUGCUGCAACAGAUCAGCCGAGCAUUUGAUGGUGCUUAUAAAGCUCUCAUGAAAGCUUUCACUGAGCACAACAAGUUUGGGAAUCUUCCAUAUGGCUUCCGAGCAAAUACAUGGGUAGUUCCUCCUCUGCCUGCAGAUUCUCCAUCAAUUUUCCCACCUCUUCCGAUAGAGGAUGAAAACUGGGGAGGUAGUGGUGGUGGACAAGGAAAAGAUGGGAAACAUGAUAAGAGGCAAUGGGCCAGGGACUUCUCUAUUCUAGCUGCAAUGCCUUGUAAAACUGCCGAGGAGAGACAAAUCCGUGAUAGGAAGGCAUUUCUUGUUCAUAGUCUUUUUGUUGAUGUUGCUGUUUUUAAGGCUGUUGGGGUUAUUCAGAAUCUUGUUUGCCAAGAAGGAUCAAAUGAACAGCCACAUGGUCCCUCUAGUGUAGUUCCAUGUGAGCAAGUUGGGGAACUAAAUAUUGUAGUUACACGAGAUGCAGCAGAUGCAAGUGCUAAAUUGGAUGUUAAAAUCGAUGGGAGUCAGGCUUCUGGAAUGUCUAAUGAAGAACUUGCUCAAAGAAACUUACUGAAAGGGAUAACAGCUGAUGAGAGUGCCACCGUUCAUGAUACUGCUACUCUUGGCGUGGUAGUUGUUAGGCAUUGUGGUUAUACCGCUGUUGUGAGCGUCCCUACAGAUGUUGGAUUGGUAGGAGUUCCUGUAACACUGCAAGAUAUUGAUAUAGAAGAUCAGCCUGAUGGUGGGAGCAAUGCCUUAAACGUCAACAGCUUGAGAAUGUUGUUGCAUAAGUCAUCCUCUCAAUCAUCCAAUUCAUCUCGUACAAAUUGUAUGGAUGAUGAAGAUUUGCAGCCUGGUAGGUCUCUUGUACGAAAAAUAUUAGCAGAUAGUUUGAUGAAAUUAGAAGAAGCAGCUCCGAAGCAGAGAAACUCAAUUCGGUGGGAGCUUGGAGCAUGUUGGGUGCAGCAUUUGCAAAAUCAAGAUAAGGGGAAAACUGAACCCAAGAAAAGUGAAGAGACCAAAGUUGAGCCAGCUGUUAAAGGUCUUGGAAAACAAUUCGGGCAGCUAAAAGAGAUUAAGAAAAAAACAGAUGACAAGGGUGUUAAGACUGAUCCCAGAGGAAAGGAAAAUUCAUCUUGUAAUGGUUCUGUUGCAAGCAAGAAUCACUUGAUAAAAGUUUCAGAUUCAAAAGAGUUGGAUAAACAAAGUGUGGAUAAGGAAUCGGUGUUGCUGAAGUUGCUUCCUGAAGCUGCAUUCUUGCGACUGAAAGAAUCUGAAACUGGACUACAUCUUAAGUCACCCGAUGAAUUGAUCGAAAUGGCAUAUAAGUUUUAUGAAGACACAGCCUUGCCGAAGCUGGUAGCAGAUUUUGGUUCACUUGAACUUUCUCCUGUUGAUGGGAGGACAUUGACAGAUUUUAUGCAUACUAGGGGUCUGCAAAUGCGUUCAUUGGGAUCUGUUGUUGAACUUGCAGACAAGCUCCCACAUGUGCAGUCCCUUUGUAUUCAUGAAAUGAUAGUUCGCGCAUUCAAGCAUAUAUUGCAAGCUGUUAUAGCAGCUGUUGAUGACAUAGAAGAAAUGGCUGGAUCAGUUGUAUCAUGUUUAAAUGUAUUGCUGGGAUCUUUGCCUGGAGAAGCUGCAGACAAAGACUUAGCUAAUGAUGCAUUGCUGAAAUGCAAAUGGUUGGAAAUCUUCCUUCUAAAAAGAUUUGGGUGGAGAUGGAAGGAAGAAAAUUCCUGUGAUUUGCGAAAAUUUGCUAUACUUCGUGGUCUUUGCCACAAGGUGGGACUUGAACUUGUUCCUAGGGACUAUGAUAUGGAUUCCCCAUCUCCUUUCCUGAAGUCCGAUGUUAUCAGCUUGGUUCCUGUAUACAAACAUGUGGCAUGCUCAUCUGCAGAUGGUCGCACUCUGCUGGAAUCAUCCAAAACCUCUCUGGACAAAGGAAAACUAGAGGAUGCUGUCAACUAUGGCACAAAGGCACUUUCCAAGCUUGUGGGAGUCUGUGGUCCUUACCAUCGAAUGACUGCAGGAGCAUAUAGCCUUUUGGCUGUUGUACUCUACCAUACAGGAGACUUUAACCAGGCAACUAUCUACCAACAAAAAGCUUUGGAUAUCAAUGAGAGGGAGCUUGGUCUUGAUCAUCCAGAUACAAUGAAAAGCUAUGGUGAUCUUGCUGUUUUUUAUUAUCGGCUUCAACAUACUGAACUGGCUCUGAAGUAUGUUAAUCGUGCUCUAUACCUUUUACACUUGACUUGUGGACCAUCACACCCUAACACUGCCGCUACUUACAUAAAUGUGGCAAUGAUGGAAGAAGGGCUGGGAAAUGUCCAUGUUGCUCUUAGAUACCUACAUGAGGCCCUUAAGUGCAACCAAAGACUUCUUGGUGCAGAUCACAUACAGACUGCAGCCAGUUAUCAUGCAAUUGCCAUUGCACUAUCUCUGAUGGAGGCCUACACUCUAAGUGUUCAGCAUGAACAAACCACUCUGCGUAUACUUCAGGCAAAACUGGGAUCAGAAGAUCUCCGCACACAGGAUGCUGCUGCAUGGCUUGAGUACUUUGAGUCAAAGGCACUAGAGCAACAGGAAGCUGCACGAAAUGGUACUCCAAAACCAGAUGCUUCCAUUGCUAGUAAAGGCCAUUUGAGCGUGUCAGAUCUUUUGGAUUAUAUCAAUCCUGAUGCCGAGCUUAAAGCAAGAGAAAUGCAAAGGAAACAGGCCCGUGCAAAGAUCAAAGGCAGAAUGGGUCAAAACCAAUGGGAGACAGUUGAGGAUGAUGACCAAAAAGAUGCACCUCCAGUUUCAGAUUACUCGUGGAAAGAGAACUCUACUAGUGAUAAAGAGAACAAUAACCAAACUCAACCCAUCGAAUCUAAAGAUGACAUGCCCUCAUCUGCAGCACUUCAUUUUUCUACUUUGAAUGCAGUAGAAGAUGAUGUUGCCCAAGGUGACACAUCUGAUGAAGGAUGGCAAGAAGCUGUCCCAAAAAGCCGAUCCCUUUCAUCCCGCAAGUCUUCUGGUUCAAGGAGACCAAGCCUCGCAAAACUUAAUACAAAUGCAAUAAACAACGGAGACAGUGCUCGAUAUCGAGGAAGAUCUUCGCCCAGUUUUUCUCCCUCUAGGACAUCAUCACCUAAUGAAGCUGUUCCGGCUAGUAGUGCUCCUAGUCCUAUAUCAAAGAAACUUUUGAAGAGUUCAAGCUUCAGUCCAAAACCGGCCACCCCUACUGCUGUUUCAUCGGGUAACAUUGAGAAGUCUUCAGUCAUCAAAUCAGCUUCUUCUAGCCCUGCUCCGUCACCGAGUUCAGUCAGUGUUCCUUCAACAAGGAAAAAUUUAUCAUACAAAGAAGUUGCAUUGGCCCCACCAGGAACCAUAGUGAAAGCCGUUGAAGAACAAGUUCCCAAAGAAUCAGCAGCUGAGGAACCAACUCCCACUCAACAGAUUGUAGUGAAUCCUUCUGACGUAGAGAAAACAGAUACAUUGACUACUGAAGAGGAUAAGGAUUCUAAACAUGUUAUUCCUGAGAAAGGAGAUUCGGAUACAAAAAAUAUUACAGUAACAGAAGUACAGUCACCAAAGACAGAGAAUGUUACUUCAUGCGAGAAUGUGGUAGCCACUGUUGAAUGCAACAUUAAAGAAGAAAGCAAGGAAGUUUCAUCUGUUGUAGAAUAUGCAGAAAUAGCCAAAAAAACAGAAAAUGAAGGCAAGGAAAGUGAACCAGCUUCAUCUGCUUCAGAAGAGCCUACUUCUGAUUCUGUGGAGGAAGGUUCAAAAUUAGGAAAUGGAACAUCAGAGCAGAUGUCUAGUGAAGUUGAAACUGCAAAACCACCAUUACUGGUACAAGGUGAAAAACAAGAAGCUGUCGAGAUUGCCAAGGAACCAAGCAAGAAAUUGUCGGCAUCAGCGCCUCCAUUCAAUCCAUCUAUGAUACCCGUCUUUAGCUCAGUUAUAGUGCCUGCCUUUAAAGAGCAUGGAGGGAUCUUACCUCCACCAUUAAACACCCCUCCAAUGCCUGUAUUGCAUCCAGUGCGCAAGACUCCUCAUCAAUCUGCUACUGCCCGGGUUCCUUAUGGUCCUCGACUAUCUAGUGGAUACAACAGGUCUGGAAAUCGGGUUCCAAGAAACAAGCCUGGAUUUCAGAAUGGUGACAUCACUAUAGUGGAUGCAAACUGCUUCAGUCCUAGAAUAAUGAAUCCAAAUGCAGCAGAGUUUGUGCCUGGACAGCCAUGGUCACCUAAUGGUCAUCCAGUUUCACCAAAUGGCCAACCAGGAUCACCGAAUGCCGAUUCACCAUCCCAACACAGUUGCCCAGAAUCACCAAGCAGUUUUGCAGCAUCAUUGCCUACAUCUGUUCCAGUGGAAGCUUGUGAAGCUACUCAAGUUUCAGUCCAAGAUGAUGAUGACAUUGAGAAACCAUCCAAAGAAAUGAAGGAUGAGAAUAAAGCUGAGCAGGUUGAGCAAGCUGAACAAAUCAAGGAUGCUGAACUUGAAAAUGACUGUAAUAAUGAUUCUUCUGAAGAUAAUAUAGAGGUGUCAGUGGAAGCAUCUGAGCCACCAAAAGUUGUGGAAAAUCCUAGCAAAUGCUGGGCAGAUUACAGUGAUGGAGAAGCUGAGAUCGUUGAGGUAUCCAGCUGAGUGACAAAUGAACAAAACCAUGAAUUAUCUAACUGAUAAAAGGAAAUCUAUGAGACAGGAAUUGAGGAAAUUUGUUGGACAAUGGAAAAGUUGAGAUUUUUUGUUGUUUAUUACUAUUAUUAUUUUUUGGAGUAGAUUGGCAUAUUUCCCUGAUCUCUCUACCACUUCCAAGAAAAAGAAACAAGUUCCAGAGAAUCCAUUUCCAGAGCUUUUGCUGUGUACCAUGACACUGAAGAGCAAGACUGUAUUGAAGUAGCCUGCUUGCAGUUAAUUCAGGUUCUCGUCUUUCCUUGUUUGAAUUGAUCUUUUUGAGCAUCUUUCGAACAUUUGUCGACGUUAAAGCUUAUAUUGGAGUUGUUUUUUCCCUGAUUUGUUAACCUGUUUAAGGAUUGCUUAAUAUCUGUAAAACUAGACGUCUUGUAUGUAUUGGCACUACCUUGUGUGAGAAAUGAUAAAUGUAUAUUGGACGGCGAAUCAAAACUAUGGACUCAUUUACACUGUCUCUUCUUAUAAGAAUAUAAAUCAAUCAUAGAACAUUGUUUUA